CCCACGAAUCGCCGUCACGACGAAACCCCCCAAAUCACACGCCGAAAACCCCACCCCAAUACAUGGCUUCCGCCGCCGCCGACGACGACAAGCGUCCCAUGUCCCCGGAGGAAGAGCCCACGGAUGCCACCGCUGCCGCGGAGACGAAGCCGUCGUCCGCUUCAGAGCCUGAGGUCGGGGAUGAGGAGAAGAAGCGGGAGCAGGCCCAAGGGGGGGAAGGUGCCGAGGGCGACGGCGACGGCGACGGGGAGCUGGUGCUGGUGACCGAGUGCGGCACGGAGCUGCGCCUCUCGCGGUGCGCGGCUCGGAUGUCGUCUAUGCUGCUCGGCAUGAUGGAGGGCGGCUGCGCGGGGGGCCGCAUCGCCAUCCCGGGCGUCCACGCCGGCAUCCUCCGGAUGGUGGCGGCGUACUGCGAGAAGCACGCGCCGCACUACGACCCCGUAGCCGCCGAUGCAAGGGACCGCGACCCUUUCCCGCCCUUCACUAUCGACCUGACGCCGGCCACCCACCGCAUCAAGCCCGUCACCGAGCCCGACCCCGACCCGCACGGCCUCAAGGCGUGGGAUCAGGAGUUCAUCAGCGCCGGCGUCGACAACUCCACCCUCUUCGCGAUCAUCAUCGCUGCAAACUACAUGGGCAUCGAGGACCUGAUCGACCUGGGCUGCACGGUCGUGGCGGACAAGAUGAGGGGGAAGACACCCGAGGAGAUCCGCGACGCCUUCGAGAUCGAGAACGACUACACGCCGGAGCAGGAGGCUGAGGUCAGGAAGGCGAACGCCUGGGCAUUCGAGGAUUGAAUCGCCCGUCCUAUCGCUUACCUCGGUUCACUCCGCUGUUCUUGGUGGGCGGGUCUCAGUACAAAUUGUCACCCUCAGUUCGGCGUCAAGUAGGCAGAUCGUUUGUUAGAUAUAUGAGUUGGUGAAAAGGCCGAAUAACACUGCAAAUUUUGGUGUGAAUUGUGGAUGGUUGCCUGGAUGAUUUAUUGGUUUUUCAACCGGUUCUUAUCUGCAGGAACUGGUAUGGUACAUUACAUGUUCAAAUCGGGAGCACUGACCAUGUUAACUGCAAA